AUGGGACAAGCAUCCUCAACUCUUGCAGGAAGAACAAAAAGGCACCCCCGUGAAGUACUUGGGGUUACAAACACCGCAACAGAAGAUGAAAUUAAAAAAGCAUACAGAAGGCUUGCCAUGCAGCACCACCCAGAUGCAGCAAGAGCCCGUGGAGAAGUGGUCUCAGAUGAUCUUUUCAUAGAAAUAAAAGAAGCCUAUGAACAGCUGACAAGCAAAGAGGUUUCUGUGAGUAAGAUGCCAGCCCGAAAAGUAGAGCCAGAGAUAGAUAUAGAUGGCUACAUUAGGCAAGCAAGUGCAAUUGAAAAGAUAGAGGAGAAGAACUACUCCAUGAUAAAUAACCUAUUUGCAGAGAUUGUUCGAGUGGAAAACAUAACAAGAGGAGGGCUUUUUAGAGCACCUUCCUUUGGAUAUGCAAAGGGAAUGCCCAAGCCAUUCUAUGAGUUCUAUUCUAACUUCUCUUCACUUCGGCACUUUAACAUCACAUGCGAAGACAUUGACUCAAACUACCAAUACUACUCCCGUCCUCUUAAAAGAGAAGUAGAGAAAGACCUCAAAAGUGUGCUGGAUGCAAGAAGAGCUGACUAUGUGUCAAAAAUAAGAGAACUUGUGAAAAUACUCCAGCGGAAAGACCAAAGGCUAAGGAUUGUGCCUAAAAAGAUAGACCUAAACAUAGCAAAGCCAAAGAUCAGCAAAAAUGGUGUUAUUUUAACAGACAGUCACAAUCUGACAGAAGAGGAGAAAAGAGCACUAGAAGAGGAAUAUACAAAGCAUGUAACAGAGAAAAAGAAAAAGGAGGAAGAAAAAAAGAAGCUUGAAUGCGACAAAGAGAUUUUCAUCUGCCAGCCGUGCAAUAAAAGAUUCAAAAGUCUGAACCAGCUAGGGAAUCAUUCUAAGUCAAAAAAGCAUAAGGAAAGGCUUGAAUCUAUACAGCCAGAAGAAAUAGAAGCUCUUAUCUCUCAGAUAGAACAGUGCAAAAUAGAAGAGAUCCCAAAUAUGGAGGAAGCAGCCAAAACAAAGCCCCGGAAAAUAUCAGAAGAUGAAAAAGAGAGUGAAUUUGGAUACUCAAUUGAGAGAGACAAUAAGCCAGAGCAGAAAAGCAAUCUCAAGGAGGUGCAAAGCACAAGUACUUUAAAUAAAGAAAAAACAAACAGGACAAAAGAAACCCAAAAACAGAAGGUCCAGGGAAGAAAGGAGCACAAGCAGCCCAAAAAGCCUUUAUUUUCCCAAGCAAAUGAUUCAGAUCUAAGAACAGGCGCUGCCUUUACCACAUCUUGUGCAAAGUGUAAAGAGAUAUUUUCCAAUAGAAAUGAUCUAUUCAAGCACCUAAAGGAAACAGGACAUGGCUCAACUAUUAUAUAA